UGGCAGUACAUGGCACAUGGGCCCAAGCAUUAAUGCAAGGUGGCCCCUACGCCACCUGACAUAAUAGUUAAAGCAGAGAAAAUUAAAAGCAACCAUCUACUCAUACUGGAGCUCAUCGUACGGCUAGGAGACUAGGACUAGUGAGGGGAGGGAAAGGACAACCAACUCAGAAGCAACCUUCUAGCUUUACCUUCUACCGUGUCUUUGGGAUCCAAAAUAAUUUGAUUGAGCAAGGUGAGCUUGAUAGUUAGACCCUCUUCCAACCCACACAAAUUUAGGUUCACUAAGUCAGCUCCUUAGCUCCUGUAUGUCAAGAAGGAUAGCACUGAUAGACCAGUCCAUUUUGAAGGAGGUGACUAAGGAGAUCAAUUCCUUGCAGUCAGAAGCAAAGAUGCAUUUGCCCAGCUGUAGACUGGAGGCGAGAACUAGAGCCUCUCUCAAAGUGAUACUUUUCCAGACUUUGUGUAUUUUGCUCUAGCAGUGCAGCUUGUCUCCUUCCGUUGUGGGCUCGGCCUUUGUCCCCUUUUUAUCAAUCAAUCUCACUUCCAUUGACAAAAAAGAAAACCUCAUCCUUAUCUCCUCAAAAUUCUACUACAAAAAAGAAAACCUCAUCCUUAUCUCCUCAAAAGAAAACCUCAUCCUUAUCUCCUCAAUCUCACUUCCAUUGACAAAAAAGAAAACCUCAUCCUCACCUCUGGAGAAACAGAACACUUGCCCAACCAGUUUAAAACCAUUACCCAAAUCCUCCACGCAUACGUACGCACAGGAGAAGAUCAUUAAUAAGGAGUUGUUUAAUUCUCAUUAUGGCAGGUAAGUCUCACAAUUUCACCUAUGAUGUUUUCAUCAGUCUUAGAGGUGAAGUUUUACGAGACACCUUUAUAGAAUGUUUUCUUAAAGAGCUGAUGCAGAAGGGGAUCAAAACAUUCAUUGAUGAUGAGAUAAUGGAGGCAGGGGAUGUUAUUUCACCUGCUGUUUCCAAAGCCAUUGAAGAAUCCAAGGUUUUAAUUGUUGUGUUUUGUGUGAAUUACGCGUCUUCCACGCGUUGUCUUGAUGAACUUUACAAGAUUUACUCAAGGAGGAUUGGCUAUGAACAACAUGUUUUUCCAAUUUUUUACCUCAUUGAGCCGACCGUCGUACGACAUCAGACUGCGAACUACGCUGAAGCAAUGACUGCCCACGAGGAGAGAUUUGGCCAAAGCUCCGAGAAAGUCGAAACAUGGAGACUAGCUUUGAAUGGUAUAUGUCAAAUAUCUGGGCACCAUGCUUCCAAUAGGUCUGAAACAAUUUUUGUUGAAAAGAUUGUUAAUCAGAUUUAUGUUAAGAUAGCUUCUAAACGCCUUCAUGUUAAGCACACAUUUGGACUUGAGCAACGCAUGAAAGAGGUGCAGUCACUCAUAGACGUGAAGGCUGAUGAUGAUAAUGUAUGCAUGCUGGGAAUAUACGGACUUGGUGGUAUAGGGAAAACUGAACUUGCUAAAGCUUUGUAUAACAAUUUUGUGGACAAAUUUGAAUUCUCAAGUUUUAUUACCAAUGUUAAAGAGAAAUCAAAAAAAGCCAAUGGCCCAGAAGAUCUACAGAAGACUCUAUUAUUAAAGAUGUCUGAAGUGCUAGAAACUGAGUUGGGCAGUACAAGUGCAGGAAGUCGUGAAAUAAAACGCAGGCUUCACAAGAAAAAAAUUCUUCUGGUUAUUGAUGAUGUUGAUGAUAUAGAACAAUUGAAUAACUUGGUAGGUGGAUGUGAUUGGUUUGGUUCGGGUAGCAUAAUCAUCAUAACAACUAGGGAUGAAAAUUUGCUACGUCAUCAUCAAGUUAAAAAGUCUUACAAGAUGGUGGAACUUAAUGAUGAACAAUCUCUUCAGCUCUUCAGUCAUCAUGCAUUUGGGAAUAAGGAUCCUAAAAUUGGUUAUGAAGAUAUAUCUUCCCGUGCAAUAUGUUAUGCAAAAGGUCUUCCAUUGGCUUUAGAAGUCAUAGGCUCCGAUUUGCGCACUGAAUCAAGUCAAGAAGAUUGGGAGCGUGUAUUAAAUAUAUACAAGAUGAAUCUGAAUCCUCGGAUUCAAGACGUUCUCAAAAUAAGCUAUGAAAGAUUGGAGCCCAAUGCCAAGCAAGUUUUCUUGGAUAUAGCUUGCUUCUUCAAAGGGGAGAGAAUAGAAUAUGUUAAAAGGAUACUAAAGGAACUAUAUGCACUGCGAAAUAUUCAUAUACUUGGUAGAAAAUCUCUCCUAACUUUUGAAGAUGGUUGUUUGAAUAUGCAUGACCUAAUUCAAGAUAUGGGUAGAGAGAUUGUUCGGGAUGAGGCACCAGAAAAUCCUGGAAAACGAAGUAGGUUAUGGUCGCAUGAAGAUGUUACUAAAGUAUUGACUGGAGAUUUGGGAAGUGAUAAAAUUGAAGGGGUAAUGCUUGAUCCUCCCCAACGAAUAAAAGUAGGGUGUAAUGGUACCGCCUUUGGAAAGAUGAAAUGCCUCAGAAUUCUCAUUGUUCGAAAUACGUCCUUUUCAACAGAGCCCAAAGAUCUUCCAAAUCAUUUAAGGGUGCUUGAUUGGGAGGAGUUCCCUUCAAAGUCCUUCCCGCCAAAAUUCAAUCCGGAGAAAAUCAUUGUCUUCAAUUUGCGUAGAAGUUGUCUUACACUGGAAAAGCCAUUUCAGAAAUUUCCAAGUCUGGCCACCAUGAACUUCUCACAUAAUGAAUGUAUCACUGCAAUGCCUAGUGUGUCUGAAGUUCCAAAUUUGAUAGAAAUAAGACUUGACUAUUGCAAGAACCUAAUCAAGGUUGAUGAAUCUGUGGUAUUGCUCCAAAAACUUGCUCACUUAAGUGCUGCUGGAUGCGGUAAGCUUACAGAUUUCCCGCGAAGCAUGCAUUUACCAUCUCUGGAAGUCCUUGACCUUAAUUCAUGCACAAGACUAAAACAUUUUCCAGAGAUAGUGUACAAGAUGAACCAGUUAGUGAAGAUAGAUAUAAAAAAUACUGUUGUUGAAGAGCUGCCAGAUUCUAUCAGUAACCUUACUGGUCUUGCUUCUAUAGAGAUGAUAGGUUGCAGGAAACUCAGAUAUAUUCCACAUAGCUUAUUCAUGUUAAAGAAUGUUGUCACUUUUAAACUGGGAGGAUGUUCUAACAUUCGAGAAUCCUUCAGAAACUUUGCACGUAGCCCUGCAGCUGCCAAUGGUCCUUCAACUUUAAAAUCAUUGUAUUUUGAAAGUGGUGGUUUAUCGGAUGAAGAUUUUGAUGCAAUUCUCAAAUGUUUUCCAAACUUAGAAGAGUUGAUUGCAUUGGAUAACAACUUUGUAUCCCUCCCUGAAUGCAUUAAAGAGUGUGUUCACUUGACAAGUCUUGAUGUGAGUGAGUGCAAGGAGCUUCAGAAAAUUCCUGAAUGCACAAGCUUGAGAAUUCUUAAUGUCCAUCUUUGCAAGAAGCUUGAAGAAAUUUCAGAGUUGCCAUCUACUAUUCAAAAAGUGGAUGCAAGAGACUGCUGCUCUUUAACUAGAGAGACAUUAGACAUGUUAUGGUUUCUGGUGAAAAAAGAGAUACCGGGAUUAGAAGUUGUGAUGCACCCAACUGAGAUUCCAGACUGGUUUGACUGGAGGGACAAACGAGGAAAUCCACGUUUCUGGACUCGUGGGAAGUUCCCUGUUGUUGCUUUAGCGCUGUUGUUUAGUAAAGAGAAAGGAGCAUCUAGAAAUUCUCGGCAUCAACUUGUUGAGCUCCAACUGGUCAUCAAUGGAAAACGUGUGCCUCGCAAAGGCUGCUACAGCUUCAGAAUGGAAGCAGAACAUGUACUAGUCUGCGAUCUACGACUCUUGUUCAGCGAAGAGGAGUGGCAGGGCCUUGAUGAAUUUCUAGUGCAUGAUUGGAAUCAAGUGCAGGUUUCAUAUGAAGCCCCAUCAACCAUGACAUUAAGUAAUUGGGGUGUUUUCGAGUACAAAAAUGAAACCAACAUGGAAGAUGUGCAGUUCGUGUGUCCUGACCCAAGGUAUAUCUCAGAUAUGAUAGCCAACAACAUAUCAUCACCCACAAUAGUACCUACUGGUGGAGAUCCUAUGUUGGAGAUAAGGAAGAAGAUACAAGAGAUGGGCCUAGAAGACACAUAUGUAAAUACUUUGCUCCAAAUGGGAGGCUUCGAAAAUAAUAACUUUGAAGAUAAAGAAUUUGCUAUGGAGCAAAUGAAUGUUCUAUUGCAAAAUCUGGAGCAGAUGUCGAGGGAGGCUAAGGAUGUAUCACAAGGCAAAGCACUAGAUGAUAAAUCCCUACUGAAACAGUUUUUAGACGCUCAGGAAGAUAAGAGUGGUAGGAUAAUUCACUUUGGCGAUCUCGCGUUGGUACCUGUAAAUACUGGAUUUAAUCGACCUAUAGAUGUAGAAGAAGCUUUACGUUCAAACUCUAGUCAUGUGAUAAAUUUACAGAGAAGAGAUCCUAUGAUGGCGAUAUUCCAUGAGGGGAUAGUGGAUGGACUCUCUGAAGCACAGAAAAGCUUUCCUGCUCUUGAUAUACUGAAAACUCUAAUUGCAACCUUAAAUAAGGGUAAUAGGGUUGCAUGGUCACUCCCAGAUGGUCUAGUGCCGCCUCAACAGAUGACAUACAUAGUAGGUGUUGUCAAUGGACUCCGGGAAGCAAAGCUGAGCUUUCCCACUUUGGACGUAGAUGCAAUACUGAAUUUUGUGUUAAGUAAAGUGGGGUUUGCAGAAUUAAAGUUCACUGUGAAUGGAGGAGGUGGAGUAGGAGGAGAAGCUUCAACAAGCUCUAGCCAUCAAAGCUUUCCCCCACUGGAUGUAGAGACAACAUUGAGUAAUGUGUUGUUGGGAAUGAGGGCCCAUGAAGAAAUGAAGUCCCCUAUGAAGGUAGGAGAAGCUUCAACAUCUGCUCAGUACCAAGGGAAUAAUUCAGAUCAGGUACUACAAAUACAGAGGAACAAUCCUCAGGAGGAGGAAGAAAGAAGGAUGGAGGUCAUAUUGUUGAAGGGAAUGAGGGAUGGACUUGUUGAAGCUCAGAACAUGUUUCCUACUAUAGAUAUUGACACAAUUAUGGCUGCAACUCUUGAAAAGGGAAUGAGGUUCCAAUUGCCACCAGUGCCUGCAGAGUGUGGGAAACUACUAUCCACACCCGAAAUGAAGAGAUACGUAGAAGGAAUUAUCAAUGCACUCCAGGAAGCUAAGCUGAGCUUUCCCACUUUGGAACUAAUGGCAAUAUUGGACCCUUUGUUAAAUAAGGCAGCAACAAUGGCGAUAUUCUCAAGUGGAAUGAGGAAAGGACUUGUUGAAGCAAAGAAAAGUUUUCCUACUUUAGAUAUAGAAGCAACCAUGAAUAUUGCAGCCUGUAAUAUUACUAGGUUUGAAGGGACACCAGUCCCAGAGUCUGAGGUAGAAAAACUUGAACUAGAAAAGAUGGUAUACAAAUAUGGCAUUAUCAACGGACUUGAGGAAGCAAAGCUGAGCUUUCCCUCACUGGAUGUAGAGGCAAUAGUGAGUAAUGUGUUGGGUAUGAGGGGGGGACAUGAAGAGAUGAAGUCCCCUAUGGAGGUAGGAGAAUCUUCAACGUCUGCUCAGCACCAAGGGAAUAAUUCAAAAUCUACUUUGAGUGGCUUGGAUUUGCAGAAAGACAGUGGAAAAGAAGGUUGCAAGAAGCAUAAGAAGCUAGCUGCUGUUUUGACAGAAAGAGGAGAAGAAUUGCUGGGGCUCUAUGAUGCUGAGAUUGAAGCCUUCCAGAAAUCACAAGAGUCUGAUCAUGAUCUGAUGAGUGCAGUAUAUUUCCAAGGAGUGAGGGAUGGAGUCCUCGAAGCACAUGCCCUAUUGCUUGCUCUGGAUGACAUGGACAAAGUAACUGAUCCACAACAUGUUACUCCUGAUGAUGAGGCUCCCUCAAGAUCUGCUAAUUCGAGUGGAAAAGAAGGGUGCAAGGGUGUUACAAAGCUAGCUGCUGUUUUGAAAGGAAGAGGUGAAGAAUUGCAGGGGCUUUAUGAUGCUGGGAUUGAAGCCUUCCAGAAUUCACAAGAGUCUCAUGAUCUGAUGAAUGCAGUAUACUUGAGUGGACAGAGAGAUGGAGUCUUUGAAGCACAUACCAUCUUGCUCGCUCUGGACAUGGACAGAACAUUGUAACUCCAUAACGUUACUCAUGAUGAUGAGGCUGCUAAUCAAUGAGGAAUUUGGUCGCUUCUUUUUUUUUUGAAAAGAUUUGUAGCUUUUGUAAAAUGAUGAUCUGAUUGUACUCUAUGUGUGUCACAUUAUUUAUGCAAUUGUUAUGCCUAUGCUCCUAUU